GGUGCUUAGGCCCUCCCGCUUUAUGUCCGUGUCCGCAUGUCGGUAUCAUCGCUGCCACGCUACGAUUCACAAUUCCAUCGCUAACCAACCAACCGACCGAACUUUUAGAAUACUUAUUUGUUUGAGUUUGGAACCGGCGCGGCGGUUUUUAAGCGUUAAUUCAUAUCCAGUAUAAUAAGUGCUUAGGACAAGGAGAAUUCUUUUGUUGAUACGCUUUUUGUAAUUGUAGUUUAAGUGUUUUUCGUUGGUUUCGUUUUGGUAUUCGUGUAUGUUUCAUAUUAUAGAGAAUUUACAUUGUACAUAUUUCAAUAAUUAAUAAUACGUCAUGGGUGCAAGACAGUCGAAACGAUCUGUAGAUAUUACUAGUAGUCCUAGCAAGACGAACGAGGGCGAGUCGAUUGCCGAAGGAGAAGGAAGAUUAGUCAAAAUUGGCGAUGUGGAUGUUAAAACGGCGACAAAUGGAACGGUACCUCAUACUGAAGUAGAUGUAGAAGUAACGGAAAAAGAUGAAAACGCAAAAGAUAUUACCGUGGAAAAAUCGAUAGAAAGCAAAGAAAAUCCCGCGGAAGUUGCGGAGUCGAAAGAAGUUAAAGAAAACGGCGUGUCCGAUUCGGAAGAAUUAAAAACGCCGGAUUCCGAUACAGCGGGCGAGAACUUAAACGAAUCUGGAGUAUCUGAAAAAUCACCGGAAUCGACGGAAGUUAAAGAAGGAGAGGCGACGCCGGAAACGAAAAAACUAAAAGAAAAGAAGAAAAAGAAAUGGUCGUUUAGGAGUUUAUCGUUCUCGAAGAAAGACAAAUCGAAAUCGAAGGACGGCGAAAAGAAUGGCGAGGUGAAAGAGAUCGCGGAAGAGAACGCUGAAGAUGCCAAAUCACCUUCAUCCGAAUCUCCGAAAACCGAAAAUGCGGAGCCUCAGGCGGAAGCUGCUCCCGUUCUCAACGGCGAAGCUUCUAAAGAAGAAAUAGCUGAAAGUCCGUCGGCAGUCUCUACCGAAGAAACCAAAAGCGAAGAAAGCAAGAAAGAGGAAAACAAACCUGAAGAAUCCAAAGAAGAAGUGAAAAUCGAGGAAACAAAAAUCGAAGAAACUAAAAAUACGGAAACUGUAGAAUCCGUUCCGAUAGAAUCGAUUUCCGUUAAAACGCCCGUUGAGGAAACGAAAGAGGUGCGUAACGAAGAGGUUCCUCCUCCAUUACCCUCAUCUAAUCCUCCAUCCUCGCUGACAGCUUUCGCUGAAUCCACCAAGGCCGAUAUUUUAAAUACCCAAACAAUUGAUUUACUGGAAACCUCCGCUCCAGUAAAUACAUCUUUGAAAGAAACCGAGAACUUGAAAAUAACAGAUGAAGCAAAUAAUGCUCCAGUCCUUGAAUACGCCGAUAGCGAGAAAUCCAUCGCCGAUCUGCUCGAUCUUCCACUCUCACAACAACCCAAGUCUGAAUUAGGCCCUAGCCUUACAAAGUCUGAUAAUUCGCCAGAGGUCAAGUCUGAAAUUAAAGAAACACCAAUUAAAACCGAAACUGUAGUAUUACAAUCGCAGGUUCUCGACCCAGUGUCUGAUAUAUCUCUUCUAGAAUCCGAGAAGCGCGACAAUAAACCUGCAGAUCAUUCGUUGAUCCAAGAAAUCAUUUCUGUCGUAUCAACUGAAACUUCUGACAAUUCCAUUCCUUUGGGAAUCGAAGUUCCUCUUCCGGAACAAAGCACGAUCGAAUUGAGUUUAAAGCCGCUUCCUCGAAACGAAACCGAACAAAAUGCCGAUCCGAAAGACUUACAAAGUAAGACUGAUUUAAACGAAACGUUGCCAAACACUGAUUCGUCAGACGCUCAAAAUCCUUCUAUUGAAGUCAAGAAAAUUCCUGAAAAUAUCGCGUUCUUCGUAGAGGAGAAUCCAGUCGACUCGAACGAUUCGGAGUUGAUAUGUCGAGAAUCGUUUGCUUCAGAUUUCAAUCAAAAACCCAAGCCAUCCGAAGGCGAUUUUAACACGGUAACUUCUGCAGGACCACAAGUUGCCACAGUCGAGUUGGUAUUCGAAGACGCUAAACCACGAAACAUCCAACAACCCGAAUCCAACCAAUCGUUAAAUUUGUCCGAAGAGUCGGAAUCCAUCGAUUCUUUGCCUCCUCCGCAACUAAACGAUCUUCCGAUCGACUUUGCGGAGGAAUCCAAGUCGGAAUUGCCUCCGGCGCCUUCGAAUGCCAAUAAUUUGGAAGAGGCGCCCGCCGAUCUUCCGUCUCCCACAGAUCUUCCACCGCCUUCGGCCGGCCUCGCCGAUCAAGCCGAAUCGCUGCAAGACAUCUCUACCGAAUCGUUGCCGUCGCUCCCGGAACCGAUUUCUGAAAAUUUCACGGAACCCAUUUCUUUGCCCCCCGUAGAUUCCGUACCGGAACCCAUAGCUACCGAUUUACCGUCCGAUUCGGCUAAUAAUAAAGCGCCCUCGGCGUCUGACGCGGUUCCCGUCGUCGCUGCUACCGAACCCAUUGAAACUAAACCCGAAGCAGCCGAAACUUCGCCAAACGAAACUGUACAGUCGACGGAUCAAAGCGUCCCGCCGGCAAUCGAACCCGCCUCCUUACCCACCGAGCCCGUUCUUUUGGCGACCGAGAUUAUUUCCUUGGCAACUGACAAUGUCGCCUCUGAUUCUAAUCCUCAUCCCCCAACCGAACCCCCGGUCCUAACGAACGGCAAUGUUAAUGGAUUACUAUCGCCGGGCGAAGUAUCUCCGACUACGAAUGGUAGCUCCAAUUUGUUGGGCGAAGCUGCGCCACUCAAACAGGUUCCACAAGAACUUCCAUGCGAAGCCGUAAAGGAAGAAGGCGACAAAACUUCUGCGGCAGCGGAAGUAGCGGCCGUAGAGGAGUAAGCUUACUGUCAAUGAAGAGAAAUCUUUUACACGCAUAUUACCGGAAUAUGAUUAAAAAGUAGAUCUUCUAGGCAGCAUAUCAAAUUACCAAGACCACGCAAAUGAAGCUGCCAACAGCAUAUUUAAAAAAUUGUAAUCCUAAUUGUUUUUAAUACUUCCAUAUUGAAAUAUUUUAUAACGUCUUUAGAAAACUGGAUGUCGUCCAAACGACGUUUUUUAAUCAUAUACAAUUUUGUAAUAUAAAAAUUUAGUAUAGUCUUAGUACGUCUUAAGCGAGUUUAUUUGAGAAUAAAAAUUCAUUGUGUUGUCAUCACGUUCUAUUCUUGUGAAAUGUUUGAGACGAAUAUUUUGUUGAUUUUUUCAUUUCUAGCAAAUCCUAGACAUAUCAGUUAAUAAACAUUUUAAAUUUCAUGUAUGAAAUACUGAAAUAUGUUUAACAGACAUGUGAUUUGCGUUUGGAAGUAAAAGUUGACAAACAUUUCUCUCGAAUGAAAACUAAUUUUCUUCAGAAUUCUAUUUGUAAUUAUAUUUUACUUAAGCUUUUUUAGAUUAGAUACAUAUCUCAGAUUAAAAUUCAAGAGAACUUCAAAGAGAAUAAAAUAAUCAGAAAUGAAAACCAGCAAACAAAUGGAGCUAUUAGCAAACUUUUAUAUUCGAAUAAUCGACUUGAUGUUCGUAAAAUAGCCGUCCCAUUGACCACAGAAUUUAUCGAUAGAUUUCAAAGUUUUAUAUAGUUGUAUUAAUACGAUUAUUUGUCAAUUAAUAGUUUUUUUAAUUUAAAGCUUCAUUUGGUACUAACCAAAUUAGUGUAUAUGAAUAUUUUCUAGUGUGUUUAAAGUUUAAAUAAGGAAUGUGAAAUGCAGCGUAUAAAUGGAUAAAUUUAAUAUUUAUUUAUUUCGCUGGAAGCAGACUUCAAAAUGAAUAGAUUAAUUUCAGUUUUAAAUGUCUCGUUUCUACUGAAUAUUUAAUUUAGUUCGUCUUUUCAGUGUUUUUUUUAUAAUUUUUGUUGUAGCGCAUAACAAAGCGAAGAAUGUUUGUCAUUUCCUACACUACGAUAUCACAGAAUGAAUUGAAAUUUUUUGUACGUCUUUUACUCUCUUCAAUAAAGCUACUCUUUUUUAAUAUGUGGAUAUUAAUAAAGUGAAAUAUGCCUUUGUAUGUUUGAUUAAUUAGUUGCCUUAUCGACAGUUGAAUAAUUUUUUCUGUGAUGAAAAUAUAUGUAAAGGAAUUGUAAGGGAAUUGUAAAAAGUAGGUAAUUAGUAAAAAACUAAGAAAUGUGUUUGUAGGAUGGCUAUAGAUAGAGUGUAGGACGUGGUCAAAACAGCUUCUAAUAUUUUUAUGUACAUUUUACAGAGUUUAAAAAUUAUUUAUCAUAUGUUUAGGCUAAAUGUGGUUAAGGAUUGAAUUGUUUUACAGUGGUUGGUUUUCAAUCAAAAAAAUAUACGAUAUUGUAAAAAUUUACAACGAAAUUUUCUAUUCCAAAUUCGAAAAUAAUGCUUAGUAACUAAGUUCUUAUGUUUUUUUUUCAAAAAAUAUAUUCUCUCUUUGUAUUAGUAACUCACACCCAUUUGAUAAUUCGUUAUCAUUUUUACCGAUUUAUCAAACGAGAUGUGCAUAGUAAGUAUCAAGUUACUGAAAUUGAAAUCUACUUGUAUGUGUGAAUGUGUUUAUAAACAUAAGUAUAAAUUUAGGAU